AUGAAAGGCGCAGAGAAAGCUAUAAAAGGCAGCAAAUUGAGCAUGUCGGAAAAACAAUCUCUGAAUGGAGAUGAAAUUGUUGUGGAAGUUGAAAGCGAAGAGAGCAAUGAAGCAAAGCGGACUUGUUCAAAAGGCUCAGAAUCUUCAGCUCCCAAGCAAAUCAGUCAAGUGGAAUUGCAGGAGUCUGGUCCCGGCUUUCCUCCAUCAGAUAUAUCCUGGCUUAACCCCACUAAUCCCCCCAUGAUACCCGCCCUCAAUGAGACCCUCACUAGGAGAAAGUCCUUGCAGAGAUUAGCUUACUCUAAACCCAAGUCACGAUUUGGUGAACUACCAUAUCACGCUUAUUUGGAUAUGUUACUUGAAGACACUAGUAGUUUAGAUGAGCAGGUUGGUGCAAGUUUUCAUGGUAAUAGCGGCUCAUUCACUAGGACUGUCUCCAGCAGUUCUUCCAAGUCCCCAGAGAUGCUGUCUCCGGAGAGGCCGAAGAAUAAGGAUAAAAAGCUCUACAAGAAGGCUAAAUUGCUGUCUCCGGAGAGGCUGAAGUAUAAGGAUAAAGAACUCUACAAGAAGGCUAAAUUGAAUAGAGAUAAGCAGUGGAAAGCAUUUAACAAGAAGAUCUUGAUUAAGCCGACUGUUUUUCUGUGCAUUUUGGUUUGUUUAGUGGCUAGCUUCACUUAUGAGAAACUAAAGAAUCUUAUGGUUUGGGGAUUGGGGAUUUGGAAAUGGUGUGUGCUUGUAAUGGUGAUGUACUGUGGCGUGUUUAUUGCGAAUUGGUUUAUGCGGUUUUUAAUUUUUAUGAUUGAGACGAAGUUCUUGCUUAGGAAACAGAAGGUGUUGUAUUGUAUUCAAGGAAUGGAGGAGAGUGCUCGGGUUUUCAUAUGGUUGGGUUUGGUUCUUCUCACAUGGCUACUCCUGUUCAACCAUGGGGUUGAGAUUGAGCGAUCAAAGACUUGCACCAGGAUUUUGCAUUAUGUUUUGUGGACUCUUGUUUCUGUUCUCGUUGGGGCAUUUUUGUGGCUGUUAAAAACUCUUCUGCUUAAGUUCUUAGCAUUUGAUUUCCAAUCAUACACCUUCUUUGAUAGAAUCCAAGAAUCAAUCUUCCAUCAGUACGUUCUUCAGACCCUUUCAGGCAAUCCACUACCAGACAAAGCACGGUCACAGACACUAAAUUUCAUGACGACACACAGAAACAAUAUUGCUGAGAGCGAGAAACAGGCCAUUGAUAUGGGAGACCUUCAAAAGAUGAAACAAAAGAAGGUUUCACCUUGGACCAUGAAGGUAUUGGUAGAUGCAGUUUCUACUUCUGGGUUAUCCACUAUGUCCCAUACAUUCAAUGAUUGGAAAGAUGCAGCGGAUGAAGGGAAAUAUAAGAAGAUUACCAGUGAGAUAGAAGCAGCUACUGCUGCCUAUCAUAUUUUUAGGAACGUUGCUGAGCCUUCCAAGUACAUUCACGAGUCGGACCUUUUGAAGUUCAUGACUAAGGAAGAGGUGAAGCUUGUGUGGCCGCUGAUUGACGUAGCAAAGACUGGACAAAUUGGCAAAAAUGAUUUAACAGAUUACGUGGUAAAGGCCUACAAAGAUCGCGAAGCAUUAGCUUAUGCUUUACAAGACACCAAAACAGCUGAAAAGCAAUUUGACAGACUUGUGACUGGCAUCCUGAUUGUUAUUACCGUUAUAGUGUGGCUUCUAUUGUUGGAAAUUGCGAACACCAAAGUACUUGUUUUACUCUCAUCACAGAUCGUAUUAGCAGCUUUUAUGUUCGGAAACACAUGCAAGAAUAUAUUUGAAGCUAUCGUCUUUGUAUUUGUAAUACAUCCGUUUGAUGUUGGUGACCGCUGUGUUGUUGAUGACGUUCCGUUGAUAGUUGAGGAGAUGAACAUCUUUACUACAGUCUUCUUGAAGUCUAACAAUGAGAAGGUAUACUAUCCGAAUUCAGUUUUAUCCACAAAAACCAUCAGCAAUUAUUACAGAAGUUCAGAUAUGAAAGAUACUGUGGAGUUCUCGAUUGCUUUGACACCUGUGGAGAAGAUAGUCAAGCUCAAAGAGAGAAUUAAGGAGUAUUUGGAGAGGAACCCUCAGUAUUGGCAUCCAAAGCAUAAUGUGGCGGUGAUCGAUUUCGAAGAUGUGAACAAGUUAAAGAUGGCAGUGUAUUUUCAUCACACUAUGAACUUUCAAGAAUUUGAAGAAAAGAAUGUGCGCAGAGCCGAGCUAGUUUUCGAAUUGCUGAAAAUUCUUGAAGAGCUAAAUAUCACAUACUCUAUGCCGCCCCAAGAAGUCCACCUCAAAACUAAAUCAGAAGCAAUUGCUGCCUAAAGGAGAUCAAACGCAAUCUGAUCUAUGGCCAGAAGAUCAGUUGAAUCAAAGGUCCAAAAUAAGCUCGCUCAGAUUGAUGAGGUGACAGUGUGUUACAUUACGUACCGUAAUUAAUUUGUUUUUUCUGUUACGUUAACAAUUCUUAGGGGUGAAUGAGCAUAUUCACUCCAGUUGUCGAUUAACAUAUUUUUACUUAAUAAAUUUAUAAUCCAACGGUCAA